UCUAAUGUCUACCGGCGUUGUUUUAUUGUUUAGUUUCACAUCUUGCAUUUUUAUUAAUUAAUUAAUUAAUUUCUAAGCCAUUAAACGUUAUUUAAUUGUCUAGUUUAUCCCAAUUCAACUUGUUAAAACUUAUUUCUAAGAACCAAAAAUGGUCGUCACUCAAAUCACCAAAGAAACCAUUGGAAAUUCUAAAGUGCUGGUAGUCGGAGCAGGAGGAAUUGGUUGUGAAGUUCUGAAGAAUUUAGCUCUCUCUGGCUUUAAAGACAUAGAAAUUAUCGAUUUGGAUACGAUAGAUGUAAGUAACCUCAACAGGCAGUUUUUAUUCCGCAAAGAGCACGUCGGAAAGCCCAAAGCAGUUGUAGCUCGUGAAAGUAUCCUAAAUUAUAAUCCAGAUAUUCAGAUUAAAGCUUAUCAUGACAGUAUUACAAGCCAAGAUUAUGGUUUAAACUUUUUUAAAAAGUUCAAUAUCGUGUUAAACGCUCUCGAUAACAGAGCAGCAAGAAACCACGUUAAUAGAAUGUGUCUGGCUGCUGAUGUACCGUUAAUUGAAUCCGGCACGUCUGGCUAUUCCGGUCAAGUCGAACUGAUCAAAAAAGGAGUAACUCAAUGCUAUGAAUGCCAGCCUAAACCACCCCAAAGGACUUUUCCUGGUUGUACCAUAAGAAAUACACCUUCCGAGCCUGUGCAUUGCAUAGUAUGGGCAAAACAUUUAUUUAAUCAGUUAUUCGGAGAGGAAGAUCCCGAUCAAGAUGUAUCCCCGGACACCGAAGAUCCCGAAGCUAAGGUCGAAGGUCAAGCGCACAGUGCUACCAACGCAGGGAAUAUCCAAAGAACAUCUACACGUCGAUGGGUGCAAGAUAUAAAAUAUAAUCCUUCGCAACUGUUUAAUAAGUUCUUCAAAGAAGAUAUCGAAUACCUAUUAAAAAUGGAAAAUUUAUGGAAGACUCGCAAACCUCCAGUUCCCCUGUCUUGGGAACAGGCCGCAUCCCACGAAGGAGACUCAGUCGAAGAGGAAAACAACGUAAGAAUGCAGGACAUGAAAGUUUGGCCGUUGAGCAAAUGCGCAAAAGUCUUCGCUAGUACCAUCGAUGUGUUGAAGAACGAAGUCUCUGAAGAUAAAUUUUUAGUUUGGGAUAAAGACGACAAGCCGGCCAUGGAUUUCGUUACGGCUUGCGCCAAUAUCAGAGCUCACAUUUUCUCCAUAGCCACUAAAUCUAGAUUUGAGAUUAAAUCUAUUGCUGGCAAUAUUAUACCGGCUAUCGCCACUGCCAAUGCAAUGAUCGCGGGUCUGGUAGUUCUGCACGCCUUCAGGGUGCUGCUGCAAGAAUUCGAAAAGUGCCCGUCGAUUUACCUGAGGCAAAAGUCGGUGCAUUCGAAAUUUAUACUCGCGGCCGAUAAGCAGAUAACUGCAGCCAAUCCGAAGUGUUACGUGUGCAGUCCGAAACCGUUCGUAAAUGUCUUUGUCAACACUAACUCGAUGACCGUGAAGGAAUUCGAAACGGAAGUAUUGAAAAAGGGCCUAAACAUGAUCGCUCCGGAUGUUGUAUUAGAUGGUAGAGGAAUGGUGGUGAUAUCAUCGGAAGAAGGCGAGACGGAAAUCAACAACGACAAGAAACUGGCGGAAAUCGGAAUCGUCGAAGGCAGUAUAUUGAAAUGCGACGAUUUCCUUCAAAACUACGAGCUGAGCGUGGCCGUCAAUCAGUACGAAGCUAAAGAAAAAGACGAUCCGCUCUACAAGAUCGUCGCGAACCCCGACGAUUUGAAGGCCAAAGAAAGCGUCAAUGGCGGCGAGAAGAACGGCAACGAAGAAGAGAAGCAAGCGGAGAGCGAUCAAGAUGAUCUCAUGGUCGUCGAGGAGUCCGACGAUCCCCAAGAGGGUUCCUCGAAGAGAAGAAAAUUGAAUCCUAUCGAAGAUAACGACGAUGAUCUGUGUAUAAUUGAUUCCUAAUAAGAACAAAAUGUUUGUACGAUAUUUAAUUCAUUUCGAUGUUCAUACAAUUUUUUCCAUAUAUUUUUUAUUCAUAAGGAAAUAAAUGUUUCUACUAGUAUCA